UGUGGUCUCAGAAAAUUUACUAAAGUCUUCACUUAAAGUCAUAAACAGUGGAAUAAUGAUAGAUUCGUGAUAAAAAGUAGGAUGUGAAAAAGGCGCGAACGAAUGCCGCGCUCUGUUAUCCGGAAAUAAAGUCCCAAUGUAUUGAAACAAAGAAAUUAGUUUUAAGCGUAAUGUUUGCCGGCGUCGUUGUCACAGAAGGGUUAAUUUAUUCUUCAUAUUACAUGGAGUAAAUUAAUUUCACAUACACAGUUGAGUUCAUGUCAAGCUUCUAAACUUGCGAUGCGGUUAAGAAGCAGAAAGAGGGAGCGGUCGCUCUCAUCGAAGAGGAAUUCACAGCAAGUAGCUCAGUUGAAGAAGAAAACUUUGAAAAAAUCCUUGUCUAAGCCAAACUCGGCUUGGAGAGCCAUCUUGAAGGGUGAGGCAGGUAAGAAUGGCUUACAAGCUGAUCUGCCUCAGUUCUGCAUCACUAGAUCCCAGAAAAAUCUAAAGACAAGGCCCGUAAGAACUGGUCUUGUAAAAAUCAUGGAGAAACCAGUUGCACAAAAACCAAAACUCAAAGAUAAUUGCACAAAAAAGCCACUCUUCCAAACUGUAGUGCGUAGCACAAAUAAAGAUGCAGUGACAUCGUCUACAAGCGUAAAAUCUCCUAAGACACAGAAUGAUAAAGUAACAACAACAUCUAAACCACAAGAGGUUCGUACAACAAAAAGUGUACAAUUGCGACACAGUUCCUUAAAUCGUGAGUUACGUAAAACAGAAGCUUUGACAGCAGCCAUUAACACCCCUCGGAAGACAAGACGUAUGGACAAAGUUGAUAAAUCAGCAUCAUUGAACAGCUCUCCGAUACGUAAAGUUCGUCAAAUGGGUGCACCCUCACCAAAGGUCACGAAAGUUACAUCAACCAAUCCAAGCCCCAAGAAAAAGGCUAAAACAAAAGGAAUCGUAUCUGAAACGGGGAAUUGGAGUGAUGACAAUGAUGUUACUAUGUAUGAAGCACACACAACAACUUUUGUUGAUUUUCCAAACCAAAAAUCUGAGGAGUCUGACUCGGAUGGUCAGGUGGAGUCUUCAGAAUUAUGUCUUCCAAAUGAUUGCUUGAACAGUUUUAUGGCAAUAGUUGAUUGUGCUCAACUGAUGAAUGACAGCCUUCAAUCCGAAGAUGAGGUUAACUUUCUAGCUGACAAGGCAGCAAGAGUGAUGACAACAGAUAAAGAGGAUGGUAAAAAAUCAAGGAAGAAUUCAGUGGAGAAGAGAUUGAUAAAGAGAAGGAAGUCGAGUAAUGAUUUGGAGAUGUAUCAACCGACUUCAACAACUGAUGAUCUGGUUUCGUGUUCUGAUUUUUUGAGCAAUGGAGAAAAAUAUGUGCAGCCGGAUUUCGUGGCAAUGCUAGAACAAGAUGGCUAUGUUUAUAUAAUAUCAUCAACCUGUAAAUACAAAUAGAGAGUUUAUUCAGCUAGAAGUCCAACAGGGUUCUUAGAUGAGAUAUCUUAUAUACUGGCAUCAACUGCUGGAUGGAAUGGAUCCGAUAUAACAGCUGAUGAGUCAUCUCUGGUAUGCCAUGAUGAGCAGACACCUUCAGAUAUUGAGGAGGAAGCUGGAGAUGUCAUCUCGUCAUGCAGCAGCCGAGUUGACUGUGAGCAGAUAUCAUCUUGGGUUGACGCUUUCGACCCUUAUUUAUUUAUCAAGCAGCUUCCACCUUUAGAGACGGUAGCUACCGGCGCAUUACGAGCUCGCUACCCGGCGUUACCUCUCAAGACACGCGCCAGUCCCGACUUCAGUCUUGUAUUGGACUUGGAUGAGACGCUGGUUCACUGCUCGCUGCAGGAGUUGCCUGACGCCAGUUUCCAUUUCCCAGUACUCUUCCAAGAUUGUCGCUACACAGUUUUCGUCCGCACUCGGCCUCAUUUCGCCGAGUUCCUGUCUCGAGUGUCCCGUGUGUACGAAGUGAUAUUGUUCACUGCCAGCAAGCGAGUCUACGCUGACCGACUUCUGAACCUUCUAGACCCCGCGCGAAGGUGGAUCAAGUACAGACUCUUCCGCGAGCAUUGCCUUCUGGUGAAUGGCAACUACGUGAAAGAUCUCUCCAUACUCGGCCGGGAUCUGAAGAAGACCGUCAUCGUGGACAACAGUCCUCAGGCUUUUGGCUACCAGUUGGAGAAUGGCAUCCCAAUAGACAGCUGGUUCGUGGACCGCAGCGACAACGAACUACUGAAGCUGCUUCCGUUCCUGGAACAUCUCGCCACUAAAGACGACGUGCGACCCUACAUCCGGGACAAAUACAAACUAUUCAGCUACUUACCACCUGACUAAAGGCUCAAGCUACCUUCGUGUUGAUGCUGGCUGCGGCCGUGAAGGCUAGUGCCAUCAGUCAGUUCAAAAUCCUGGCGGGAGUGGACCCCGAC